AUGACACGCUUCCGCCCCUGCAUCGACCUUCACGCCGGCAGCGUCAAGCAGAUCGUCGGCGGCACACUCUCUGACACAUCAUCCGCCUCCCUCAAGACAAACUUCACGUCUGAGCAUCCAUCCUCGUACUAUGCGUCGCUAUAUAAACAGCACAACCUCACGGGCGCACACGUUAUCAUGCUUGGGCCUGGAAACGAGGAUGCGGCGAAGAAAGCGCUGGAGGCGUGGAAGGGGGGAUUGCAGGUUGGGGGUGGGGUUACGGAGGGGAAUGUGAGGGAGUGGGUUGCGUUGGGGGCUGAGAAGGUGAUAAUAACGUCGUAUCUCUUCCCAUCUGCCACCUUCUCGCCCGAGCGUCUCCAAUCUAUACUUGCGGCCCUCGACAACGACAAAGAGAAACUCGUCAUCGAUUUGAGCUGUAGGAGGAGAGGGGCUAGUUGGUUCGUGGCGACCAAUAAAUGGCAGACGAUUACGGAUUUUGAAUUGACUCAAGAAUCAAUAUCUCUCCUCGAACCCCACUGCUCCGAAUUCCUAAUCCACGCCGCCGACGUCGAAGGCCUCCAACGCGGCAUCGACCACGACCUGGUAUCCAAGUUAGCUGAAUGGUGCAGUAUCCCCGUCACCUACGCUGGCGGGGGUCGCAGCAUCGAGGAUCUUGAACUCGUGAAGAUACUGAGUCAUGGAAAAGUCGAUUUGACAAUUGGUAGUGCGUUGGAUAUUUUCGGAGGCGGCGGGGUCAAGUUUGAGGAUUGUGUGAAGUGGAAUGAAGAGCAGCUCCAGGAAGAGGUGGGGAGGACUUAG